AUGUUUGUAACAGCCAUCAUUGCGUUGAUUAUUAUUGUUGUCAUCUAUUAUAUAUUUGAAUUUCGAAAUCGUCCGUGUAUACCGCCAAUAAGUGCUGUUGAAAUUGACCCAGAAGAACAUAUCUAUGUCCAUCCAGACUAUGUUCACGGUUUAAAAGAUCAUCGAGAAUUCAAUGUGCAAACUUUGUACGAAGUUAUUAAAUAUGGUGCUAGUUCAAAUGCAAAAAAACCAUUGUUUUGUUUCCGAAAGUCCUCCGAAGAGCCCUUCCAACAUUAUACAUAUGAACAAGUGUACGAAACUAUUCAUCAAAUUGGAAGUGGAAUAAUUGAUAUGGGACUGAAACCUACCAAUGAUACAUUUAUUGGCAUUUAUGGAUCGGCUAAUGUUAAUUAUGUUAUGUUUCUUUAUGCAUUGUGGCCAUUUUCUUUUGUAUCGGUUGGUCUAUACGAUUCAUUAGGCAAAGAUGGUGUCAAAUUCAUUGUUAAACAUGCCGAAUUACAAAUGAUAUUUGCUGAUGAACUUGUACGAGUGAAAAAUAUACUAGAAUGGAAAGAAGAGAAAUCAACAUUAAAAGUAAUUGUCAGUUUAAUCGAGGUAACGGAUGAGUUGAAAGAACUGGCAAAACAAAAACAAGUUGAACUUAUUACAUACAAAAGCCUCAUUGAACGUGGAAAACAGAAUCCACAUGAGCCUGUUCCACCAACUCCGGCUGACAUAGCAAUGAUUAUGUAUACGAGUGGAUCAACAGGUGAACCAAAAGGUUGUGUAAUUACUCAUGAAGGUAUUAUAUGCUCAAUGGUAGGAGUCAGCGUUGCCGUCGACUUAGUAUCGCUAAUGGGUGAAAACGCACCGCGUGUGCUCAACUUUAUGCCUCUUGCUCAUUUAUUCGGAUGUGGAACAUGUAUUGCAAUUACCUAUCUGGGAGGUACGGUAGGGUUCUGGCAAGGAAAAGUCGAUAAACUAAUGGAUGAUUUUCGAGAUUUCAAACCAACACUGUUAACAAUGGUACCUCGUCUAUUAAACAAAUUAUAUGACCGUGUAAUGAGUGAAACACGAAAAAAAGGUCUGUUGGCUCGUGGUUUUGUCAAAUUGGCUGUUAAAGCAAAACUGGCUCAUAUGCGUCGUGGAAAUUCGAAUCCAAACACAAUCUGGGACUAUUUAUUAUUUAAUGCAAUUAGACAACGUUUUGGUGGUCAAAUUAAUCGUGUUGUAUCAACAAGUGCUCCUUUAUCACCUAAUGUUGCUGAUUUUUGUCGAGCAGCAUUUUCAUGUAUUUUUAUUGAAGCCUACGGUCAAACAGAAUGUACAGUAGGUUGUUGGCAGACAUUGACCGAUAUGGCUAGUGGAGAAGUCGGAGUUCCUACACCAGUUAAUUAUCUCAAACUAAUUGAUGUACCUGAAAAAGAUUAUUAUGCUAAAAAUGGUGUUGGAGAAAUAUGUCUUAAAAGUCCAGCCGUAUUCAAAUGUUAUUUAAAAGAUGAAGAAAAAACACGAGAAACUAUUGAUGAAAAGGAAUGGUUGCAUACUGGCGAUGUUGGUCAAUGGACAAAACAUAACACAUUAAAAAUAAUUGAUCGUAAAAAGAAUAUGUACAAGUUAUCACAGGGAGAAUAUAUUGCACCUGAGAAAAUUGAAGAAGUGUAUGGACGAUCACAUUUUAUUUCUCAAAUAUAUGUUUAUGGAAAUUCUUUUCAAAGUUUUCCGGUUGCUAUUAUUGCUCUACAUGAUGAACAUGUUAAAAAAUGGGCAAAAAAAGCGAAUAUAGAUGAGACAGAAUUAAAUCAUGAUAGUGAAAAAUUAAAAGAAGCUGUUCUUCAAGAUAUGACUGAACGGGGUAAAAAGGGUGGUCUUAUGUCAUAUGAACAAGUGAAAAAAAUUGGAUUUAUUAAAGAACCGUUUACGAUUGAAAAUGGACUAUUAACUCCCACUUUCAAAGCUCGACGCUAUGCUGUUGAAAAGAAAUACAAACAGACUUUGGAAGAUUUAUACAAAGGUGUAGAAUAUUAA